AUGGCAUCAACACUCAGGAAUCUGACUGACAAUGAAAGCCACUGGCAGAAAUCCUUUGAGGUUUUUCUGGAGUGCUCUUCUGAGCAUCAAGCCAUGUACGACUUCAUCCACAAGAUCCUCCCAGACCUCCUGUCCAGCACUGCAGAGGGGAAAUCUCAUAUCGGUGUCAUUGGAGUAGGAAGUGGUGCAGGUGAAGUUGACCUGGAGUUGCUUUCUGCAAUCCAUCAGAAGUAUCCAUGGCUGACACUGGAAAACCAGGUGGUGCAGCCGAACAGCCAGCAACUACAUAAGUACAGAGCUUUGGUGUCACAGAGACCAGAUUUAGAUUACAUCAAGUUUUCCUGGAACAUGAUGACUGCCUCUGAGUUUGAGGAGAGCUGGAAAGUGAAAAAAAUAACCAAGAAGGUUGACUUCAUCCAUAUGAUCCAGGUGCUGUACUAUAUGGAGGACCUUGAAUCAACAAUCACCUUCUACCAGAGUCUCCUUAAAAAUAAUGGCAAGAUCCUUCUCAUUCUUGUCUCUAGUGAGAGUGGUUGGGCAAAGUUGGGGAAGACCUACAAGGACCAGCUGCCUAACAGUGGGACCAGUUGGUGGGUGACCACAGAAGACGUCAAAAGGUUCUUGGACUCCAGAGAAGUGACCUACCAGAGCUAUGAGCUGCUGUCUCAAAUGGAUAUCACAGAGUGUUUCUCUGAGGGGUCCGAGAAAGGAGAGCUGCUGCUUGAUUUUCUAACUGGAGUGCUGGACUUCAGUAAGACAGCCUCAUCUGAGCUCAGAUCCAGCGUCUUAGCUUUUCUGCGGCACCCAGACUGCAGCACUGAGUCUGAUGGCAGAAUUAUCUUCAACAACAACUUGCGAGCGCUCAUUGCUGACCCCCUUCCCCUCUCAAAAUGCUGA